AUGACUGGGGAGAUUAUAACACUUCAAAUUGGGCAGUGUGGAAACCAGGUGGGGAAGCAAUUUUGGUCACAAUUGAUUAAAGAACAUGGCAUCGGUAAAGAUGGACAAAGCGCAGUUGGUGAUGCAAGUAAGGAUGGAAUAGUCAGAGAUGAUGAUCCCACCACAUUUUUUAGGCAAAAUGAUAGCGAUCGAUUCACGCCACGGGCUUUAAUGUUUGAUCUAGAGCCAAGUGCCAUCGCAGGAGUACAAAACGCAUUUCCAGGAUUGUUCAAUGAUAGAAACGUAUGGGUAUCGAAGGAAGAAUUGGGAGCUGGAAAUACGUGGUCAAAGGGCUACGAUUACGGUUUGGAGAACCAGGAAGAGUUUAUAAACAUGAUUGACAAAGAAAUAGACGCAACAGAGAAUUUCGAAGGAUUUCAACUUUUGCACUCCGUUGCUGGCGGUACCGGGUCUGGUCUCGGAUCCAAUUUCCUAGAAGCCCUAUCAGACAGGUACCACAAAAAGAUCGUUACCACAUAUUCAGUGUUCCCCAGUAAUGAAUCUGAAGUGGUCAUUCAACCAUACAAUACAAUUCUGACUCUACGAAGGCUGAUCGAAAACAGCGAUGGAUGUGUAGUUUUCGACAACAACGCUCUUCUGAACCUGGCCACAAGAGUUUUCCGAGAUAGAAAUACCAGCUACGAACAGACCAACCAGCUAAUUGCAAGCGUUUUGUCUUCCGUCACCAAUAGUUUGAGGUUUCCCAGCUACAUGUACAACUCACUUCCGAGCAUAUUCUCUACUUUAGUCCCAACCGCGGACCUGCAUUUUCUUGUACCGAGCUUCACACCUUUUACCGCAGACUUCAUUCCACAGGUACGAGAUUCAAAGAAAAGUUCAGCGUAUGACGUUGUACUGGAUUUAUUCGAUAAAAACAACGGUAUGGCUCUUCGAAGUAAUGACACACCUGUUUAUCUCAGCAUUUUUGACUCAAUCAUCGGUCCUGCUGAUCAAUCAGAUGUAACAAGAGCCAUUAUCAAGGCACAGCAACGCAUCAAGUUCCCACCUUGGUCGCCUACUGCAUUACACGUUAAUGUGGGAAGAAAGUCUAUUUACAAUGUGACAACAGAUCAUGACAGAGUCAGUGGUAUGAUGCUGGCCAAUACAAGCUCUGUCACUACCCUAUUGCAAAAUGCCUGCUCGAGUUUCGAUGUGCUGUUCCAAAGAGGUGCGUUUGUUCACAUGUAUCAAAACGGAAAAAUGUUCCAAAAUGGGGUCGAUGAGUUUGUGGAGUCUCGCGAAGUUGUCCAGUCAUGCAUCGACCAGUAUUUUGCUGCCGAACAGGAGACUUUUCUGGAUGACGUUCUCAUUGAAGAUGAAAACAUGGUUGGCGAUGUUGAUGGAUUGGACGCUGAUGGUGAUAACAUUAUUUGA